AUGGCCGCAGAGGGCCGGAGGGAGCGCCCUUCGCGCGACGCUUCCGCGCCUGCACAAGCUUACCGGAGUGACCGAGACGAUUAUGAUCCACACAUGCACCGAGAGCUGCUCCACCCUACAACUGACCUGGAGUCGCUGGUGCACAUCCUACGGCUGGGGCUCGGCACGGGCAUCCUCGCCAUGCCGCAGGCGUUCGCGCGCGCCGGCGUCGCCACCGGGCUCGUCGCCACCGUCCUCGUCGCCGUCGUCGUCACGCACUGUCUACAGGUCUUGAUUCGGGCGCAGUACGACGUAUGCAAGAUGCGGCGCGUUGCCAUGAUCCCAUAUCCGGAGGCGGCGCGCAUCGCGUUGCAGCAGGGCCCGCGCGCGCUGCGGCCGCUAGGCAGGCCGACACCCGCCGCCAUCGACUUCUUCCUGGUUACCUACCAGUUAGGCGUGUGCUGUUGCUACAUUGUUUUUAUGGCUAACAGCUGUAAAAAGUUGUUCGACCCAGUGUUCGAAAUGCCUGUGGAAAUGUACAUGUUGAUUUUUCUUCCGCCCAUAAUUGCAUUAAAUUUGAUCAAAAGCCUUAAAAAGUUAGCUCCGUACUCCGCGGUGGCUAAUGUGAUGGCGUUCAUAAGUAUAUGUAUCAUCUUGUACUACUUGCUGACUGGCCAGAAGUCUGAAAAGCCGAUCGACUUGUGGGGCUCGCCGGCUACAUUUCCGCUCUUCUUCGGUACCAUCGUGUUCGCGUUGACUGCCGUAGGCGUGGUGGUGGCUGUGGAGAACAAUAUGAAGACGCCGAAGUCGUUCGGGCGGCCGUGCGGCGUGCUGCACAUCGGCAUGACGUUUACCACCCUUCUGUUCCUAUUUAUGGGCUACUUCGGUUACAUGUUCUGCAGAUCAGAGUGUAGCGAUGCCAUAACCCUGGACCUUCCGAAAGAAACACUGGCAUCGGCGGCGGUGUUGCUGUACGCGAUGGCGAUUUUCAUCAGCUACGCUUUGCACUGCUACGUGCCGGUGGAGGUGCUGUGGAACACGUACCUGUCGCCACGCCUGCAACGCGGCGGCUCCAACUUGGUGUUAUGGGAGUACUUCGUCCGCGUGGGCUUGUGUCUGUUAACAUUCGUGCUGGCGGUGUCGGUGCCGCGGCUGGGGCUGUUCAUCUCCCUGUUCGGCGCGCUGUGCCUGUCGGCGCUCGGCUUCUGCUUCCCCGCGCUGAUGGAGGGGAGCCUGGCGCACUCGCGGCCGCCGUCGGCAGCGCGCCUGCUGCUCAUACUGAAGGAUGUGGCGUUGUUUAUCGCUGGCGUCGUCGGGCUAGUCGCCGGCACAUACACCUCUAUCUUAGGAAUCAUCAUGUCUUUUUCUGAGCGUUGA